CAAAGCAGUUCUGUCAACAUCACGCUAAAUCCGUAACGCAAAUAAAUAAGCGCCCACCGUCUGUUUGCCGAUGUGUCCACACAUCGGUAUCGGAUCGAAAUCCAUUAUUCGCAACUUCUGAUAGCACGCGCACACGGGCAGAUAGGCCGUCGGUAGACAUUCCUGUGCCAAGCGAGAUAAGCAACUUCCCCAUUCUACUAGUCUUGGACGUCGAUAUGAUCGAUAAUGGACAGUUCGCUAUGUACCUUUCGACUGGACGGAUGGUGUUCACGCGUACAGGCGUGUGUACCAUAAAACAUUGAAGAGUUCGUCGUUUCACUAGUGUUGGAGCUUACUCCUCAAAGCGUGAAUGCGUUAUCUAAUCAAUCGGCUGGACAUUUGCCUGCUCACUUUCAUCUUAACGGAGUGUUCCGUAUGAAGUGUUUGUUCUUAACUUCGUUCCUUGUGCUCCACCAAAGUGUCAGUUUAAUAGCUCACAACAAAAAUGCAUCCGAUUCGUCCACCGAUUCCACCGAAACCGAGGCUACCCGGUGUGGCACACAUCCGGGAUUUCCGUGACAGUGGUAUUUCCAUUUCGGACGACCGUACCGCAUCGACGGAUUCGCUCAAGCGAACGAUUAACACCUUCGAUACGGUCUCCACACCCGCCACACCGAGUGCCGUGCGUCAAUUAGCAAGUCAGUUUGAAACGAUCGCGCGUCUCAGUAACCCAAAUAUACAGCGAUCGAUCGAUGAUAGAAGUAAAAGCCCACCAGUGCCACGGAAACCAUCCACCACAGUGCAAAUGCAGGAACUUCGAACGAAAAUCGAACAUACACUGAUGGUUGCGCCAAAGCCGCACUCCCUUCCAACCCUACCUUCGUCGCACGAUCGAACGAAGCUUUCACGUCGGGCGAGCGCCAUUGCCGAAAGGAUAUACGAUACCGUGUACGAGAGAGACCAUACGGGACAUCAUAAACACGAACCUCCUGAGGUAGUCUACGAAGAGUUAGAUGAUCCAACCUUAACCGAUGGCUAUUCUUCGUUUGAGUCGUCCACCGAUGAGGAAGAUGUCAUAGGCGAAGGACAAAACAUUAAGAACAACUACUACUACUCGAUAACUCCUGAGCUGGAAGCACCCGAGUACGAUACAAUCGUCCCCGUAGAUCACAUCCGGAAAGUGAUCGCCGAACUGAUUGAAAAGGAGCAAAAGUACAUUGAAACGCUUGAUCAGGGCAUUCGUAACUAUGUCCCCGCGAUGUACGCACAAACACUGCCCGCGGCACUGCGUGGGUUGCGUAAUAUUAUUUUCAUCAAUCUGGAACAAAUACUGCGCCUCCAUCGGGAUGACCUUCUGCCCGAUCUGGAGCGUGCUGCCAACUCAUCAGCAACGGCGUCAGAGAAUAGUGUCCAAAUGGCGGCAAAGAUUGCUGAAGUGUUUCUGAGCUACAUCGAGAAUGAACGGUUCUACUGCUACGUACAGUUUGCAAUGCAUCAGGCUGAUUCGGAAUCAUUGCGAUUGCGAUACCACGAUUACUUCCUCAAGAUCCAGCACGAUCUUGAUGAUAAGCUGGGAUUGAACAGUUUGUUGCUGCAACCGAUACAACGAUUACCGCGAUAUAAGCUACUGCUGAACGAGAUGGUAAAGAAUUUACUAACGGAAGGAGAUGGAAAGCGCACGUUGAGCCGAAGGACGGCUUUACUGUGUAAAGUUGACAAACGGCUUAGCUUAUUGAUCGAUCGCGUUAAUCAAGCCAUCAAUAUACAUGACAUCCGGCAGUGUGGAGGUAGCCAACUGGCAACAAACUCAAGUCUAAAGCAGGAUAUUCCGCUGACAUUAAUUCUUCAACCGGAAGGGAAUCGGAAUCCGGCACGAGAUACUCCCAUAAAUCUUCUCUACCAUGGAAAGUUCCAGCGUCUCUUCUUAGUCGACAUCUACGACACAAACGUGCGCCGGAAGUACAGUGGAAAGUUGUUUGCAUUCGAAAAACUACUUCUCUACGUUGAGAUACAGCGUGACCGGUUGGAGUAUCGGGGCCACUUCAGUGAUAGUGAGGUGUGCUAUCUUGAGGAAGGCAAAAACCGACUUAUCCUGUAUGCUGGUCCUCGCGGUACACAAGAAAUCAUCGUACAAUCGGACACCAACACGGAACUUCAACCACUGGUAGCAUUAGUGUACACGAUGGCAAAGGCUGUGAUAUACGAUUCGGUAGAGAUUGAUGAUCGUACACCUUCGAAUAUAGUGGAGGAAGUGGAAGAUGACCAGGAUGGCCAGGAUCCAACACCCAGUGAGGCAGAUAAUAAUUGGGACGAGCAUAAGCUAACGUCUUCAUUGAUCGACGCUCAACAGCAAUUUCUUGAGGUCUUAAAAGCAAAUCAACGCUUCUAUCUGGACACACUCAGCGUGGAUGUAAAGUCGAAGUUGACAUCUUUCAUAAGUGCCUUCGAAGCGAUCAUGGAACUUCAUCAAGGGAUCUUGCAAGAUCUUGCCCAACCACAUGCGGAUCCUGAUAAAGUGUGUCAAUGUUUCGACCGUUACUUAAAGACUGAUGUUUUCGAUCCGUACUACGAUUACCUUCGUGAGUUUCGGAAGGCUACAAAAUGGAUCCAGCAUAGCCAAACGCCUUCGAACUUCAACAAUCGUGUCGCCUCCACGGUAAAGCAGUUCACCUUCCUUUGCAUCGAACAUAUGCAGGAGUAUAGCCGCUACUUCGAGGUACUCAUCGUCAAAUACUCGGAGAACAGUACGCUCAACAUUCCCAUUGACACGGAGCUUUUCCAACGGUUAGCGUACGUGCUAGUACAUCUAAAUACCUACCGAAAUAAUCUCGCCGUCAAUUAUGAGCUGUUCCUGAUCGAUGAAAACGCACCGGCUUGUGGAAUGGUGUGCCACAGCGAACGUGUGACGCUUAUCAAUCCACCAGUCGCUGCCGAUACCGGCCCUUGUCGUUUAUUCGUGUGUGAAAAGGCGGCCAUCUGCGUUAAGGUUCAGGAUGUUCCUGAGGACGAUCAGCAGGUCGAACGAUUCGUGCGGGUUUUAUUUUUCGACCGAUUUCAAGGCCGUGGAGUACCGAUGCGUAUGCGCAAAAGCAAACGUGAACUGCAGCGGUUAAAUUUCCUAAUCAAUGGGUUUAAGUUUCGGAUGGACUUCGAUAGUACGCAGGCUCAGAGUACGUUUUACAGCAGCUACGUCAACCGAUACAUUAUGAUAUAAUUUGUUUUAAAUCAAAUUAAAGCUGUGUAAACUUUGAAAAGACAAUUACCAAAUAUAAUUUGUAAGGAUCUCACACA